GGGAAUCCAUAUUGGAUGAAACGAGAUUUAGCAGAAACUCAUAUUUACCGAAAAAUGAGUUUCUUUGGGUUUGGACAGAGUGCAGAAGUUGAUAUAAUAUUAGAUGGCCAAGACUCAAGAAAAACAGCUGAAAUAAAAACUGAAGAUGGUAAAAAAGAAAGAUAUUAUCUAUAUUUCGAUGGCGAAACUGUGUCAGGCAAGGUCAAUGUAUCGUUAAAGAAAGCAGGAAGUAAAUUAGAACAUCAAGGAAUAAAGAUAGAAUUUAUUGGCCAGAUUGAAUUAUAUUAUGAUAGAGGUAAUCAUCAUGAGUUCACAUCACUUGUUAAAGAAUUGGCAAGACCAGGAGAACUGUCUCAAAAUACUAGUUAUAAUUUUGAAUUUCAACAAGUAGAAAAACCCUAUGAAUCCUACACUGGAGCCAAUGUUAGAUUAAGAUACUUUUUACGAGUUACUAUAGUGAAAAGACUAAGUGAUGUGGUGAAAGAACAAGAUAUAGUAGUUCACACACUAUCACAUUAUCCAGAAAUGAACAAUAGUAUUAAAAUGGAAGUAGGAAUAGAAGAUUGUUUACAUAUAGAAUUUGAAUAUAAUAAAUCAAAGUAUCAUUUAAAAGAUGUUAUAGUGGGGAAGAUAUAUUUUCUACUUGUGCGAAUCAAAAUCAAGCAUAUGGAGAUUCAAAUAAUAAAACGAGAAACAACAGGCUCAGGUCCUAAUACAUUUAAUGAAAAUGAGACAAUAGCUAAAUAUGAAAUAAUGGAUGGAGCUCCUGUCAGAGGAGAAUCAAUACCAAUUCGACUAUUUUUAAGUGGUUAUGAAUUAACACCGACCAUGAGGGAUAUCAAUAAAAAGUUUUCAGUACGCUAUUAUUUAAAUUUGGUGCUAGUAGAUGAAGAAGAAAGGCGGUAUUUUAAACAACAAGAGAUAACAAUAUUUCGUAGAUCCGACAAAAACAGAAAAACAUACCAAGCUACUGCUCAUCACAAUGCAACAAGAGAUAGAAAACCAGAGGAGAAUUCUGUUGAGGAAGAAAAAUGAAUUCUGUAAAAAAUUUUGACAAUAUAAAAUCAGUAUGAAUAUUGUGAGAAUUAUUACUAUUGUGAUACAAGUGUGAGUUAAGUUAUUAAAAAAGAAAUAGAUAGAGAGUAACUGUUAAAUAAUAUUAAAUGUAGAUAUACCAUCAUGUAUAUAUACUGAUAUAUGUGUAUAUAUAUAUUGCUAAAAAUAAACAAACUGACAUAAUCCAUAUUAUGCUAGUCUUUUAUUUUGCAGUAGGGAAAACUGACAUGUUUCUAUAUGACAAAGUCCUUUUUUUUUUUUUUAAUUAAUGAUCAUACAAUCACAAUACAAUCAUAGUUUUAUAUAAGAUCACAUUUAGAAUUUUGUUUAAUUCUGCUGUUACACAAGAGCAUCAAUCGUGCAAUAAUACUAACUGGAUCCGGAUGUAUCAUUUUGGAAUUGGAGUAUUUUACUGAAAAUGUUAAAAGUCUUCAUCGUGAUUUAUGAAAUAGUCUUGUAUCGAUGGAAAAGAGUAUACUGAGCUUAAUGUUAGUUAAAUGAAAUGUAAAAAAAUAGUAUGAUUUGAGAUUGCUGUUGUGGUUGAGAAUACUACAUUCACAUUGUUAAAAUACCAAAUAGCUUACUAGAUUCAGUCUAAUUUAAAUUAGUCCUAACUUUCAUUCAGUUUAUAUUAGCUUUUAUCUUUAUGUAACCACUCCAGUUAAGGUCUUAAGAAUCCGCACUUGUUAUUUCAUAUCAAUAACCUUUCAGUGGACUUGAUAAGCUAGUCUAAUGCUUCUGGGAAUACACUUAUACAAAAUCCCAGCGUUUUGGAGGGGGGGGGGGGGGAGAAACUUGAUUGGCUGUCAGUGUCAUAAAAGGGAAGACUGUCCAAAGCGGUGCUAAAAAAUAUUUUAAUAUAGUUUAGUUUGUUGACUAUUUUUGGCCUACCGAGUAC